UUCUGAUAGAUAAAUGAAUAAAAUGCAGAAAUAUAAAAGCGGAAAACGAGCAGAAGACAGAGACCACAAGAGGAAGGAGAGGAAGACAGAGGGCGAGAAGAGACAAACACGAGAAUGGCGUGAGAAAAAGAAGAAAAAAAGGGGGAGUGACAGACGGACAGCCAGACAGACAAGGACAUCGGUGAUAAGCAGUGACCAGAGAAGGAGGGCGCCCUGACACACACUGCAGGAGGAUGGUAGAGGAAUAAAAAAAAAAAGAAGUGAUUCUUGGACCAACACCUAUACGCCACCACCACCACCAUGCUGACCAUUGCCUUCUACGGGGACUGGCCACAUCUGGUGCUGCCCCAGGACUCUGACCAGACAGUAGAAGACAUCCUGGUGGCAGCGGCUCGUGUCCUGGGCAUCAGUCCCCUGUGCCGCCACCUGUUUGGCCUCAGGAACUGCAGCAAUAGGCUCUGGGUCAGUCUGGGCCGUGCCGUGGAGAGGCUGCCGGCCAACCCCACGCUGGAAUUUCGUCUACGUUUCAAGCCGUUCACCCUUGACAGACUCAAGGGUCUUGAUCGCUGUGCCUUUGACUAUCUCUUUCACCAGGUACGGGCAGACUUCCUGGCAGGGGAGAUACCAGAGCUUAUCAAACACCCUGAGGAUGGUUUGGGCCUGGUAGUGACUGAUGUUCUGCUCCACCUCCUCAACAACCCUGGGAGGAAGGUUGGCGACAUAGACCUGAAGAGCUUCAUGCCUCGGGAACUGAAUGGCAUGGCUAACAGACUCAACGUGAAGAGGAACGCAGAGAAGCUUGUGGAGACGUGUCAGAACAGAGAGGCCAGCUUUGUGCGGGAGCGAUAUCUCUUCAAGGUUGAGGAGAGUCAGUGCGGCUACGGCAGUGAGGAGUACAGUGUGCUGCGUGAUGAGGGCGGGGCGGUGCACAGUGCCAGACUCUGCAUUGACCCCUACCACCCUGAACACCCCGGCCUGCGCUACAGCCACUCGCCCAGCAAGAAGGCUUCAUGGUCCCACCUGUGCUGCAUCGAGGACCUGGUGUUUGUGACGACACGCUCCCAGGACCUGACAGUUGAGGUGUCCCGCAAGACUGGCGUGCCGUGUUACUUCAAGCUGUCUACUAUGGAGGAGCUGGAGGCAAUGGUUGGAUGUCUCACUGGGUACUACCGUUUGAUGUGUACCUGGACCUUUGACCUUUGCCGAGAGCUGUCCACGCCUUCCCUGGUCUUCCUGCGGUCCAGCAAGUGCCACGGACCAAUAGGGAGCAUAGUGUCGGCCAGGAAGCUGCAGGAGAAGGGCGGCAGUGAGGUGGGGGUGGGCCUGCUGCGAGAGUCUUCCACUGAGUAUGACACAUUUCUUCUGGAUGUUGUGGUGGAGGCCAACGCACCACCACACUGCUACACCAUUCUGCGGCAGGGUGACAAUGUGUGUGUCUGUGUGUGUGUGUGUAGCUAUAUCUGUAUCAAUAAAUUCUUUCCUUUUUCUAUCUUCAUCUUCACUUCACUUUUAUCUUCUCUCUUAGCUAUCAUCUCCUAUUUCAUCUUCAUAAUCCUCUUCUUUCUUUCAUUACAAACUUUCAUCUUCAUUUGUAUAAUUUUUCCCCUUCCUUUACUAUCCCCAUCUCAGCUUCAUUCCUCAGUCACACUCUUUUCUUACUCUUCCUCUUCCUUCACCCUUCCAGUCUUUCUGUCUUUCAUUACCAACUUUUAUCUUCAUUCUUUUAAUCCUCUACUUUCUUUACUAUCUCAACUUCAUGCUUCAGUCAUAGUCUCAUUCAUUUUCAGUCUUUUUUUUUUUCCACCCUGUUCCAAGUCACACCUUCAAUUUUCAGCCUUCCUCUUCCUU